AACGGUGCGUUUUUGUCAUUUCAGUGAAAAUCAAAAACGGAAAAUAAAAGAGGAAAUUUUGAGGAUGACAGCUUCAAUUGCGCUAAAAAAUUGUUUUUGUUUUUGUCUCGUGUCAACAACAAUGGAAGUUCUGCAGAAGGCCGGAUCACAGCAACUCAUCUGUCUCAACAUCUCUUAUUUUUCUCUUCCCGCGUAAUCGCCGUCGCAUUUCCCUACGAUUGUUUCUCUCCUUGUGUGGACAAGUAGAGAAGUGGAUGCAUUCUCGCUGAAGAAGCUGUGAUUGUUAAAGAAUUAAAAAACUGAAAAAUGUCGGGUAAGAACGAUCAUCACACGGUCCCUCUUUCGGUGCUGCUAAAACGUGAACUGGCCAAUGAGAAGAUUGAGAAACCAGAGAUUGUACAUGGUCAGGCUAGUCAAAGCAAGAAAGGAGAGGACUUUACGCUGCUUAAAAACGAAUGCCAAAGAGCAAUGGGUGAUGGAGUCACCACGUUUUCUGUAUAUGGGCUAUUUGAUGGACACAAUGGAUCUGCAGCUGCCAUUUACACAAAGGAAAAUCUAUUAAAAAAUGUUUUGAGUGCUAUUACUUCAGAGCUUAAUCGAGAUGAAUGGAUAGCAGCACUUCCACGAGCCAUGGUUGCGGGCUUUGUUAAAACGGAUAAAGAUUUUCAACAGAAAGCACGGACAUCAGGAACAACUGUCACCUUUGUAAUAAUAGAAGGAUGGGUUAUAACUGUUGCAUCUGUUGGUGAUUCCCGUUGUAUACUUGAAUCUGCUGAAGGCGAUAUCUAUUACCUGUCUGCAGAUCAUAGGCUUGAAUUCAAUGAAGAAGAGAGGGACCGCAUCACUGCUAGUGGGGGUGAAGUGGGUCGGCUCAAUGCUGGUGGUGGUGCUGAGAUUGGUCCUUUGAGAUGUUGGCCUGGUGGUCUAUGUCUUUCACGAUCUAUUGGAGACAUGGAUGUUGGCGAGUUCAUUGUUCCUGUUCCUUAUGUAAAGCAAGUGAAGUUGUCUACAGCUGGUGGUAGACUUGUAAUAUCAAGUGAUGGUGUUUGGGAUAAUUUAUCAGCAGAAAUGGCCCUUGAUUGCUGUCGUGGGAUGCCAGCAGAAGCUGCAGCUGCCCAAAUUGUCAAAGAAGCUUUACAAGCAAAGGGGCUUCGAGAUGACACAACCUGCAUUGUGGUUGAUAUAUUACCACAGGAGAAGCCAUCAGCUCCUGUGCCCCAACCAAAGAAGCAGGGAAAAGGAAAGCUUAAGUCAAUGUUUCGCAGAAAGACCUCUGAAUCAACUUCUACAGUGGGAAAAGAAUAUGUUGAGCCAGAUGUAGUAGAGGAAUUAUUUGAGGAAGGAUCUGCUAUGCUUUCAGAAAGGUUGGAUUCAAAAUACCCGCUAUGCAACAUGUUUAAGCUGUUUAAGUGUGCAGUCUGUCAAGUGGAGAUGAAACCUGAAGAGGGUGUUUCAAUACAUGGUACAUCUCAUUCAGGGAAGCUGCGUCCCUGGGAUGGCCCUUUCCUUUGUUUAAGCUGCCAAGAGAAGAGAGAAGCUAUGGAAGGAAAAAGACCAUCAGGAGAAAGACAUGGUAGUGACAGUGACUAGCCUGCCUCUUCAAUUAAAUUUGCAUUUUGUGAGCUCUAACAAUUGUUUAAAAGUUGUUCAAAAUGGGAAUAUGGAGCUUUUUCACAAUACGGAAUCCCUUCAGUUUCUCUUGGGGUUUUGGUUUUUUGAUCCAGCAUUAACUUCAGGACCAAUACACCUCUCCUUGUAACGAUUCCAUGAUUCAAGUGGUAAGAUUCAAAUGAAGAGUGCACUUCAGAUAUCUGUUUUCUGACUUUAAAAAAAUCGUGCUUCCCCUCCCAUAAACUCACGAAUGCAUAGUGACACAUUGGUGGUUAUUUAGUUUUCUGUCUGGAUCCAUUGUAUACUAGUCACUGGUCCAUAGAGCUAACAGUGAAUUAUAGCGGCCUUAAGUGCGAUCUUAUACUAGGGAAUUUCAUGACUUUCAAAUUUGUUGAAAAUCAGGGAAAACCGUGAGCUUAGAUUGCUGAAUGAAUCUGUUCAUGUAGCAUUAAUCUAAUUUGAUAUUUGUUUGACAAGUUGGAACUUGAACCUUCGAAAUAGAAACUCGGAAAUUACAAUUUCUUUUUCA